AUGCCCUUUGGCCUCCGCGUUCCCGCGGUCCUCCUCGCGCUCGCGGGCCUGCUCCUCACCGCGCCGACCGCGAUCGAUGCCAUCGACGCCAAGUGCUCCGCCUGCGCCGCUGUCGCCGGGCAACUGCAAACGGCGCUCGAGGCUGAGAAGCCCAGGAACCACGUGGACUUGCGCGGCAGGCUGGACAGCAAGGGCGUCCGGUACGGCAAGUUGAUCCCGUACGACGUCAGCGAGCAGAGGUUCACCGAGCUCAUGGAGGGCGUCUGCGAGGGCCUCGGGCGGUACACCCUGAGGACCGUGAAACCGUCCGAGGGUCCGUCAGCGGGGACGGACGUGAUGCGUUGGGAGAACAUCGGAAGGGUCUCCAAGAACCCACGGGCUAAGACCCUGAGGGACGAGCUCAACGACUACUGCCACAGGAUCGUGGAGAAGCAGGAGGAGGACCUCCAGAAAGCUCUCUACGCCAAGGAGCUCAACUCGACGAACGUCGCUGAGAAGAUGUGCAUCCAGUUCAGCGGCGAGUGCGAGGACCGCGAAGACCUGACCUCGGCGCAGUCCCCGGCGAUGGAGGAGGAGAAGAAGCCCAAGAAAGACAAGGAGGCCAAGUCGGGGGGUAAGAAGAGAAAGAAGGGCGCCAAGAAGCCCGCGAAAGGGGACGACAAGAAGGAACUGUGA